AUGAAAGUAGCAACGCUGCAGUUUGCCCCUCGUUUGGGCGAUGUCGAUGGCAACAUCAAGAGAGCCAAUGAGCUGCUCAAAGACGGGAAGGUAGUGCGGGGCGUUGGAAUUGGGGUUGGACUUGAUCUCCUGAAGCCGGAUGUUUUGAUUUUGCCCGAGUUGGCCUUGACGGGAUACAACUUCCCCUCGUUGGAGGCUAUAAGACCCUUCCUUGAGCCCGUUGGACAAGGUCCUUCAGCGCAGUGGGCUCGAGAAACGGCCAAACGCUUACAAUGCAAAGUCUGUGUGGGCUAUCCGGAGAUUUACACCGAAAAUGGUGCCCAACAGGCUUCAACUAACUCCACGGAGACUUGCUACAACUCCCUGCUGGUGGUGGACGAAAGUGGUGACAUCGUCCUAAACUACCGUAAAUCGUUUCUAUACUACACGGAUGAGACGUGGGCGGCAGAGGGCAACCCGCAGCAAGGCUUCCACCAGCUCUCCUUCCGAAACUCAAAUCAAAGCUCGGUGGAGUCCCAGAUAGCUACCUCUUUCGGCAUCUGUAUGGACAUUAACCCAUAUCGAUUCGAGGCUCCCUUUACUGCCUGGGAGUUUGCCAAUCGGGUCCUGGAUACGAAGUCUGAGCUGGUCAUACUCUCUAUGGCUUGGUUGACCUUGUUGGAGCGGGACGAGCUCGACUCGCUUGCUGAUGAGCCGGACUUGGACACGUUCAACUACUGGAUCCAGCGAUUUAUGCCGCUUAUCAGGAAGAAGAUGGGCCAUGAAACCAACUUUGAUGGCGAUGAUGCUGAUCGCGGAAAGAAGAUCAUCAUUGUGUUUGCAAAUAGAGCCGGAGAAGAACCGGGUGCCGAAGGGACGAACCCAGCUCGGUAUGCGGGCACGAGUGCUAUCGUAGCAAUCACACAGAAACCACCAUCCCGUACAUCAGGCAAGGAAUCUUCUUCUAAAGAAGGAGACCCUGGUGACGAUACGGAUGCCGCUGAAACAGAUGCACCGUCAUUUGAUACGAAAAUCCUGUGUUGGGAUAUGAUGGGUGCGACGACGGAAGGUAUUUGUUUUGCCGACACUACGGCAGACCCCAGUAUGGUGUUUGGAUUGGUCAAAGCUUCAAAAUGA